CUCGUCGCUAGGUGAUGACGUAAUAGUCCUUGAGACGUGGAUGCGUACCCUAGGUGAUUAUUUCAAAUUAAACCCAAAACAAGGGACGACCACAAUUGCUUCGAGUCAUUUUAGCAACCUAAAGCUUAAGUAACAUUAGUAGACUAAUAUUUUAACAAAAAUGGGUGACAAAAAACGUUGCAGACGUAUUUUUGUCAACGACGUCGGCAAAUAUUCUUCCAAACAUAUCGCGGAGUAUUUAUCGAGUUGCGGGGAGAAGACUGAGGACGACGAUGACGGCGAACCUCAGACAAAUGAACCUGUUUUCCAGGUGGUCGGGACUGUGUCCUCUUCAUCCAGCAGUGAGAAAACUAGCCUUUUGCAUGAGCAGUAUUCGUCGCUAAGCAGAGAGGAACUUCUCCCCCGCUUGCUGGAAUGCGACGUGGUGGUGUACAACAUCUCCGAAAAUGCGACCCAAGAGGACAUUGAAGAGGCCACUUGGGCAAUCACAGCCCUUCAUGGUGAAAUGCAGAACUUCAGAUCAAAGAAAAUCUUCAUUUUAGUCUCGACAGUGUUGACGUGGGCCAUGACCAAGAAACCGGAAACGGAGGAACCAGAAAAAUUUAUAACAGAGGAGGAGUUCCGAAAAAGACGUCCGCAUCCUAGCUUUAAACACCACAACAACAUGGAGAAACAAGUCCUCAAACUGGGAACAGGGAAAAAAAAUAAACUGAAAGGUUACGUUUUGGCUGCGGGAAUACAGUACGGAAAGGGAGAAAAUCUUUUCCACUACUUUUACAAGGUGUCUUGGCUGUCUGAGUGUACCAAAGUUCCCAUAUUUGGCGAGGGCACAAAUUACAUCCCCACCAUCCACGUGCUUGACCUCGCUAAAGUGAUACAAAGUUUAAUUGAGGUCAAACCCAAGGCCAAAUAUAUUCUUGCGAUUGAUGACUCCAGGAACAAGCUGGAAGACAUGGUGAAGGCUAUAAGCCAUGUGCUUGGACCAGGAAGAGUGUGUCAAGUACCAGAGAAGGAAGCCAUCACUAUGAAGGCCUAUAAGCAAGAGGAGCUGGAGUAUCUCAGCGUUGACCUACGUCUGGAUGCUUUUGUUGUGAAAGACUCCUUUAACUUCCAAUGGUCUGCAGAAGGCGGCAUAAUUGAGAAUAUAGAAGCCCUCGUGGAAGAAUACAGACAUACGAGAAAGCUACUCCCAAUCCGAAUCUGCCUCACUGGACCGCCCGCCGUGGGUAAAAGCGAACUCGCAGCGAAGCUGUGCGAGCGCUAUCGAAUACAUCACAUCAACAUCCGAGAUGUCAUCAACGAAAAGAUGACGCAGCUGAAAGAUACUAUUGCCAGAAUUGAUGCUGAGGUCAGCGAACAGGAAACGGCACAGGACCAACUGGAAACUAUAAAAGGAAGCAUGGAAAAUAAUGCAGGUCGAUUGGAAGAUGAUCUACUUUUAGAAAUUUUGACAGAAAAGCUCAAUUCAAAGCCUUGUAGGAACCAAGGAUUUGUUUUGUACGGCUUCCCGAGGACAUUUGAGCAAGCUAGUCAGAUGUUCAGCGCUGAGGACGGAGAGAACCAAGACUCGCCCAACGAGGCACCCGCUUACAACAAGAUCACUCCAGAAUAUGUGUUUGCCUUGGAUGCAUCUGAUGAGUUCCUGACGAAGAAAGUACAAGAUCUUCCCGAGAGUGAAGCCCAGAAAAGAGGCUUAACCCAGGAUGAGUUCAUCCCUCGACUGGCCAGAUUCCGCCAACUCAGCAGGGCCGCCGAAACUACUCUCGACUACUUUGAUGAACUGGAAAUAUAUCCGACAUAUCUUGAGGUGAAAGCUGACGACCCUGAAUUCACACAGAUUGUGAGCAAUGUCAUCGAGGUGGUGGGGCCUCCCAAGAACUACGGCCUGAGUCCUGAGGAGCAGGAGGAGGAAGAGGACAGGAGGCGAGAAAUGGAGAGGAAGCAGAAAGAGGCAGAGGAAGCGGCAGAGAGGAAACGCAGGAAAGAGGCUUUGCUCACUGAGAUGGCAGCGCAGUACGAAGCUUGGCAAAACAAUUUGGCAGAGGUUAAGAGGCAGGAGCACGAGCUGCUGGAAGCUAAAGCUCUCCCGCUGAGAAACUACUUGAUGAAGUAUGUGAUGCCUGCGCUCACCGAAGCCUUGCAAGAAUGCUCCAAGAUCAAACCGAACGACCCAGUCAGCUUUUUGGCCGAGUAUCUUCUUCGGAUGGACAAAGAUUGAUUGAGCAUCCCGUUUUAACACGCGUUGCAGUGCACCGAUCGCAGUCAAGGGUCGUGGGUGAGCUGGAGCCAAUUCAAGCUGACUUUAAGGAAGAAGCUGGACUGAUCACCGGCUAAUCGUAGGAGCACAUACAUCACAGACAAACAACCAAGCCGUCAAUGGCCCUUGGUCCACCGGUUACGUAGCCGUUUCAUUUUUCUGCCUGUCACUAUAUGCCACGAGCACAGAGAGAGGAAAAAAUAAUCAGUUAUCGCUUUGGUCGAGAAAUAAAAGCGGUCCAAUUAAGUAAAAUUGUAUUAAACCUGGUGAUUGAGU